AUGGCCUCCCUCAACCUCUCCAUCAAUGGGCCCUCAAUCAAGAGCAGCUACCAGUCCGUCGUCAAUGGCCCCGCUCCGUCAUCAAGCUCCCCGACCUUCGCCCACUGGGCCCUCUUCUCCGUCCAGGCACCACUCCUAAAUGCCUUCCAGGACAGCGGCGCAAAAGAGAGUAUACUGAAGGUCGAAUCCACAGGGGAGGGCGAGCUAGCCGACCUUGUUGAGGACUUCAACGAGGGUCGAAUCCAAUUCGCCUAUGUCAAGGUCAAGGACCCCAACACCGGUCUGCCCAAGAACGUGCUCAUCGCCUGGUGCGGAGGCGGUGUCCCCGAGAGGACCAAGGGCUACUUCACGAGCCAUGUGGCUGCCGUUGCCAAGGUCCUCCACGGCUACCAUGUCCAAAUUACCGCGCGUUCCGACAGCGACCUCGAGCCAGCAAACAUCAUUCAAAAAGUCUCCGAUGCUUCAGGGGCCAAGUACACCGCCGGCGGCUCAGCCCCUUCACCCGCCCCGGCCGCUCCUCCCGUUGCUAAGAAGCCCGUAUUUACACCGACCACCUCCAGUACCGGUGGCUCAUUCAACCCUCUUGUUGCGGCACGGAACCGAAGGAACGAGAACGUAGAUGAGGAUGGCUGGGGAGCAGAUGCCCCGCAGGUUUCACGGACUGAGAUCCAGAAGGUUGAGUCCGCUUACAAGCCAACGAAGGUGAAUAUCGCAGAGUUACGGGCGGGACAUCAGGAGUCAACCAGAUUCAACGGCUCCAGCAAACAAGAUGACACCCCAAGCGACGUAGUUAGGGGCGGCUACCAGCCUAUUGGUAAGGUCGAUAUUGCAGCGAUCCGGGCCGCCGCCCAGAACAAGGAUGAUCUCCGACCCACGCCGGUAAAGGGGAGCUACGAGCCUGUCGGCAAGGUAGACAUCGCCGCGAUCCGGGCAAGGUCCCAGAAGCCCGCAGAAGAGGAGAAACCUGAAUCCCCACGAUCACAAAGCCUGGCCGACCGAAGCGCGGCUUUCAGCCAACCAGCCCAGUCCGAACGGCUCACAAGCUUGCCAAAGCCAAAGGUAGCCAACAAAUUCGGUGGCGCCGGCUCUUUCACGGGCACCAAGGCACCAACUCCCGGCGGAAUCGGUGGCUUUGGCGCCCCUGCUGCCCCUGCUGCUCCGCCAGUUGGCGCGGCCAGCCGAACAUUUGCUGAUCAAGGCGGCAAAACACCAGCGCAGAUCUGGGCAGAGAAGAAGGCUAGAGAACGUGGCGCAUCCGGCUCAGGAGCGGCUAUUUCUCCUCCUGCGGCCUCUCCCGUCACUGCUCAGAAGAGUGGAUCGGAAUGGAAGAGCGGUUACAGCGGAAAGAGCUGGGCUGCCGUACAGACACCCGCCUACGGACGUGCUAUCCCAGGCCAGAAGACCGGCGAGACUGAGCGUAGCGAUCGUUCGGCUGAGCCUGAGCAAGCACCCACUUCCCCCGGCGGUGGAGUCUCUGCACUGCGCGAUCGAUUCAAGGAGGCGCCGCCAAUGGGUGGUGCUGCUCCGGCUAUCCCAAGGGCGGCCACUGGUGCCAGUGAAGACGAGCCCGCUCCGCCUCCGCCUCCCAUGGCCAGUCGCCCAUCAGGCCCAACAGGGGGCUUCGCUCUUCCUGGCCUCCCAUCCCGGCCACCUCCUGCGGAUGAGCAAGAGGAGGAGGAAGAUUCUCGCGCUUUUGAAGAGCAAUCUCGGGCCAUCGAAGAGCGUGAUCCCUCACCCAUCCGAGUGGCCGUGCCCGUGCCGCGCACGGAGGAGCCCGAGUUCGAGCCACCCGCAGAGCGUCUUCCAGAGAGACCGAUCCCUGUUCCUCAGAUAGAACGAGAGGUGCCAAAGGAAGCGGAGCUGCCUCGAGAAGAGGAGUCCUUCGACCCACGAGCCGCCGCAGCAGCUGUUGCUACCGGAGCCUUCGGGCACCAGCAAGCUGAAGAGAGCCACGAGGCUGCCAGUGGAGGAAAGAGAGCAGUGAUCCAGUACGACUACGACAAGGCUGAGGACAACGAGAUUGAUCUCAAGGAGGGCGACUACGUCACGAACAUUGAGAUGGUGGACGACGACUGGUGGAUGGGCACAAACUCGAAGGGUGAGAGUGGCUUGUUCCCCAGCAACUACGUCGAGCUUGUCGAUGACGACGAUGAGGCUCCCGCUCCGGCCACCCAGGCGGCUGUCCCGCCUCCACCUCCGGCUGCCGAGCCCGAGCCGUCACCGGCCGCGCCGGCAGGAGGCGCUGGCGGGCCCACUGCAACUGCACUGUUCGACUACGAGGCCGCUGAAGACAAUGAGCUGAGCUUCGAGGAAGGCGCUAAGAUUGAAGAUCUGGAGUUCCCAGACGAGGACUGGUGGUUUGGUCAUUACAAGGGCAAGUCGGGCCUGUUCCCAGCCAACUACGUGCAAUUAGAUUCUUAG